AUGUUACCAACACCUGUAAGUAUCAAAAACUCAAAAGCUAGUUAUAUGAACUUAUAUCCACAAACUGAAAAGAUAGUGCUUGUGUUCUUGGUGGCCGCCUUGGCAUCCGGGUAUCCAGAUGUAUACGAGCCAGUGUACUAUCCGGAGCCUCUGCCGUACUACUUCAACUACGACGUCCACGACGACUACAAGGGAACGCACUUCGACAGGAACGAGAAAUCCGACGGCAAGGCUCUGUACGGCUCCUACACCGUCGCCCUUCCAGAUGGCCGCAAACAACACGUCGAAUAUACUGCUGAUCACUACAAGGGAUACGUGGCCAAAGUUAGCUACUACGGCAAGGCCAAGCACCCCAAGUACUAUGGCCCUGCCAUCACCUUCAAGCACAAGGGUGAUGACUAUCACUAA